UUAACAAACCCAGCAAACAUUCUGGCUUCUUUGAUUUCCAACCAGGCCCUAUAAAUUUUACAUUUUUAAUGAUAACUAAUUUAUACCUUUCUUGUUAGGACUAGCUGAACUAACAUUACAUAAUAAUUAAAAUAAAAUAAAAUUAUUAUGAACAGUGUAAAAGUUAGAGAGUAUGGCUUAAGUACGUCGUUGCAAUCAAACUGUGCUCGAAUCUGACAGCACUGUUAUAAUGUAUCUAAUAAGAAUAGGUACUAUAUAUACUCCGAGAUAUACUCGUAAAAAGGCAUUGCUUUAUUUAAGAGUUAGAUUUGUUAUUAUUUUCAGGUUACUUACGAUGGAAUAUAUUAAUGGUUUGUUAAAAAGUUUUGAAGCUGAAGUUCCCGCUUAUCUCAAAUCACUUCUUAUAUACAACGGAUUUGAUAAUUUAUAUUCCCUUUCACAGUUUAAUAUUGAUGAAGACAUUGAGAGAAUGGAGUGUUAUGCAAGGGACGUCCUUUCAAAGGUAUUGAAAGGAGAAGAAAAAAAAGCAAUGUUUGGAAUUGUCAGCGAAGAAUGCUCUCUAUUUAAAAUUCCGGAAGGCCAUAAAAAGCUUUUGCGCUUUGUAAAGGAAGAAUCAGAAAAAAAAAUUAAACUGCUAAAACGUCCACUUCUUUGUGAAAGGUCUGAAGGCUGUCCAGCUGAAAAAACUUUCCCCAAAAAGAGAAGAACAGUGACAAAUAAAAGUACAUCUCGAUCUGAGAGUGGUAAUGAAGGCGAUGGUUUUUGUACUCCAAAUGAUGGUUGUGUUUCUCAAGAUGAAGAGCAAGUUAAUUAUGCGAUGCAGCAUGUUUUAAAUAUUAGUCGAAGCUAUAUCGAUAAAUUUUCACGAAAUGAAUUCGACAAAGGCAAAAUUAGUGAAGAACGAUUACAAGAUGUUUUAAAUAAUUCCAAAAACCUUAAAGUCAAAAUGGAUGGUGAAUUUACUGCAAAAAUAUCUUGCCCUUUAUGUACAUUUAUUUCUUCAGCCUAUUCAGUGAAGAACUCCAAAACCGGAAGAAAAUGGGUGAUUUCAAACUUCCUGAGACAUUAUAAAAUACAUUUUAAAGAUGAUGGAACCAACUUAACUAAAAAAUUACCGAUUAAACCGCAGAAACCCGAAAUUCAGACCACUAUACUUAACUUUAUAAAAAAAGAUGCUAAUAAAAAAUGUGACUUAAACCAAGAUUUUGAAGAUCCAAGAGGAAAUCUCUUUGACCUAACCGAUCCCAAUACAGAUUUAAAUUAUGGAGCUUCGACAUCAUCUGGAUUGCACUUGGAAUUGACUACUGAAUUGAGUCAAAAUGAUUCGUUCAUUGACCAAAAUUACGAAAUUCAUGAUGAGGCACAGCAAAAUAAUCCUAAUGGGGUUUUUUUACACUAUAACACAGACCUCGACACAGACUCUCCAACAGAUAAUCAAUCGUCGAGUCAACUAAGAACAAUUGUUGUUAAUGAUUUUUCUACUGAGGAACAUCAAGGAGCCAGCCAAGUUGUAAAUGAUAUCCCAGUAUCUGAAUUAGAGUAUAAUCCAGACAAUUCAUCUCCAUUGGAAGAUUUUUUCUUUCUUGACAAUGUAGCGGAAAUCAAUCAAAGCAAUAAUGGUUCUGAAAAAGUAAAGUCUCCCAAAGCUAAAUCUUUAUUUGAUGAUAGCAAUUCCAGAAGAGAAAGAAGCUUGCGCAUAUUAAAUGAGUUACCAUAUCAUCAAACACAAAUAACAACUUUUCUAAAUACCAUAAAUCAUGCCAUAGACACUAACCCAGAAGUUACAAACACCCUAAGUAUCCUUACCGAAAAUCAAGGCAUUAAUAAAUUUAAUUAUGGCACCAAAGGCCUACUAAAAUAUCUAUUAGACUCAGCAAUAAGAAACUCUAAAAAUAAAUCAGGACACACAAAUAAAUUUGAUGAUGGAAUGAAACGAUUCUGGCUUUAUAUAUUCAUUAGCGCAGGAAGGAUGAGUUAUGAAAUAUUGCACUCAAAUUUAAAAAAUAUACUGUCUUCUGUCACAACUAUUCACAGACAACUAGAAGAAAUGAAUAAUAUAUUAGAGGGUGAAGUGAGAAUUGAAGACUUAAAACUUUAUUUACAAAAGAGAAAUUAUCCACCCAUAAUUUUUAUAUCCGAAGAUCAAACUGCACUCAUCAAAAAAGUCCAAUAUGAUUCAGCUUCAAAUCAAAUGGUUGGCUUUGUAGCACCUUUACAGGAACAGACGAGAUUUCCUCGCAUUAACAAAUUCCCAGUUGAUUCAGUUAGCGACAUUGAAAAUGCUUUUAAGAAUAAAACAUUAGCAAUAAAUGCAUAUAUUUUUAUGGCUCAGCCAUUAGUAGAUGGAUCACCCGCAUUUUGUAUAUCAAUAUUUGGCAGUGAUAAUAGAUUUACCUCAGAAGAUGUUUAUAAACGAUGGCAAUAUCUCAUAAAGGAAGCAGGAAAACAUGGAAUUACAAUUUUGGGCUUUUCAAGCGAUGGUGACACUCGGUGCUUAAAAAGUAUGAAAAUUAUAUCGAAAUUGUCAUUUACUUCAUUGAACCCUUACUCUCCCUAUUUUCAGGCGAAUUACAAUUUAGAAAAUCCAGCAGUUUUUCAAGACACUAUACAUAUAUCAACGAAGCUUAAGACUCGUUUAUUAAAUGAAAAUAUUUCUAUGAAUAUGGGAGGAAAACGAGUAUCUAUUGACAAUAUCCGGUACAUAAUUGAAAACUAUCCUAGAGAUAAACACUUAUUAUGCAAGAGCUUCCUUGAAUCUUCCGACAAAAUGAACUUCAAUGCAAUAGACAAGUUAAGUUCUGAACAUGUCACAAAUAUGCUUAAGGAAGUUCCCAACGCCGAAGCUACAAGGCAAUAUUUAAUACUGACUCGCAACAUACUGGAUGCAUUCUUGUUAAAAGAAAUUAGUGUUGAAAGACGAGUAUACCUAAUUUGGUAUUCAACUUUUUUCAUGCGUAUUUGGAAAGCCUGGCUAAAAAAAAUGGUGAAAAUAUCCAAAAGAAUUUUAUCACCACAAAUGCCUAUACAUGCAUAGAAAUAAACGCUCAUGGAAUUAUUUUAGUCAUUGAAAAACUUCGGCAAAAUGGAAUUUCAGAAGCUUUUCUUCCAUGGCUGUAUAGCAGU